CAGGUUCUGUCAAAGGUCCACGCGAGAGAGGCGUUAGGUGCGAAUCAGUCCCGAGCUCUUCCAAUAAAGUGACUAACUGUAGGAGUAAAGAUGUACAGAACUACCAGGUCCCCAAUGAUGCAGCCACUGGUCAGCUCAGGAAUGGGCAUGGCUCCAUUCUUCAAGGUGACUGUGUUUGAGCAGGAGCAUUUCCAGGGCAAGUUUCUGGAGUUCACCUCCGAGUGCUGCAACAUCCAGGAGUGUGGACUGGACAACAUCCGCUCCAUCAGGGUGGAGAGCGGAGCCUGGGUUGGUUUUGAGCACCAUGACUUCCAGGGACAGCAGUUCAUCCUGGAGAGAGGAGAGUAUCCUCACUGGGAUGCUUACAGUGGUUCCAUCUCCUACCACGUGGAGCGCCUCAUGUCUCUGCGUCCCAUCUACUGCGCCUCUCACCAGAGCAGUCGCAUGAUGAUCUUUGAGAGGGAAAACUUCAUGGGCCGCAAUGUGGAGAUUUGUGACGACUACCCGUCUCUGCAGGCCAUGGGCUGGAUGAUGCCUGAAGUUGGCUCCAUGCACGUGCAGUGCGGCGCCUUUGUGUGCUACCAGUAUCCUGGCUACAGGGGGCAGCAGUACAUCAUGGAGUGUGAGAGACACAGUGGAGACUACCAGCACUGGAGGAACUGGGGUUCUCACUGUCAGACCCCUCAAAUCCAGUCCAUGAGGCGCAUCCAGCACUAAGAGGAGGACAGGCUGAGACCAUGGCCCAGGGACAGAAAAAAUCCACCCCCCCACUUCUCCCCUUUCUUUCCCUCUCUUAUAUCCUUUACUUCCUCUUGACUUGAGCCACAAAAUCCGCCCCAACCUAAGUCAACACCUCCAAAUUGUGAUGAGAGACAGUAUCAUACUGUUACAGCACAGACACACACACUCUCACAACAACAUGCUGACACUCACUGUGUCUUUUUACUUGGUUCAUACAUUUCUACACACUCUCACCUGAGAUGCGUGAUGGAGCAGAGCAUUUCCUCUAAGGGCUGGAAGCAAACAGAGGGCAGAUGAACGACCAUUGUCUUUCCCCAGUCACUCUCUUCAGAGCAGCAGCCCAGAUGUGUUUUGUUGCUGUGUGUAGAUGAUUCACAAGAUGAUAUCUAAUAAACUCAUUUCCACUUCA